AGCCCACUUUCCUCCCAGCAUCUCGCCCGGGCGCGCGCACUCACACACGCAGGCUUGGGGAUUGAGUGGUGCACGCGCACCUCGCUGGUGGGUGAAGUGCCUGUAGCCUUGUUUGCAUUGUGAGCUGCCAGUGCUCCUGCGAAGGCUGGCGAUUGUCUGGUGCAGCAGUUAGCUCGCCGACGUCGGAGACCUCUCCGGACCGGGGGGGCUGAUAAGUGCGGCUGGAGACCCGGGUUGAUCAUGGCGGCGGCCGCGGUGGAGGUGAGCCUGAGCAGCGGCAGCAGCGACACAUCCAGCACCGGUGAAGAAGAGAGGAUGAGGAGGCUCUUUCAGACUUGUGACGGAGACGGAGACGGAUAUAUCAGCAGGAAUGACUUGCUGAUGGUUUGCCGGCAGCUCAACAUGGAAGACUCUGUGGCUGAGAUCAUGCACCAACUUGGAGCCGACGAACGGGGAAAGAUCUCCUUUGAGGAUUUCACGCGCUGUCGCAUGCAGCUUGUGAGCGAGAUCAGAAAGGAGGAAGGAGAGCUGUCGGUGAAAUCGGACGACUCCUGCAAGAAGAAGAACUUAAGAGAUCGCAUUGCGUCUUGGCCAACUAGCAGCGACAACAGUCUGGGCAAGCCUGCUGGAAUGGACUCCAGCACUGAGCACUGUCACUUGAGAGGUGCCUUGUCCGGGGCCAGGGAGAGCUGGGAAUACGACUCUGGUGCCCGGGAUCUACAAAGCCCAGACCUGCAGCCAAAGCCAGCCUUCCAGAAGCUCCUUGAGUAUCGAAACAGCACGCUGGAGCAACAGGCCGUUCUACAGAAACUGCUGUCGCAGGCGAGCAGUCUGAAUGCACCCCUGGGGGGAAACUACCUGGAGCUUGCCAACACGCUACAUCUGGCAGCCCUGGCAUCGCUGAAAGGGGACAUAGUGGAGCUCAAUAAGAGGCUACAGCAAACCGAGAGGGAGCGGGACCUGCUAGAGAAGAGACUGGCCAAGGCUCAGUGUGAGCAGUCCCACCUGAUGCGAGAGCACGAGGAGGUGCAGGAGAGAACCACACUACGCUACGAAGAGAGGAUCACAGAGCUCCACAGCAUCAUUGCUGAGCUCAACAAAAAGAUAGACCGCCUGCAGGGCACAACCAUAAGGGAGGAAGAUGAGUACUCGGAGCUGCGGUCUGAGCUCAGUCAGAGCCAGCAGGAGGGCAACGAGGACGGGCGCAGUGUCGACCAGGACCAGAAUUCUGUCUCCGUGCCCGAGAACCAGUCGACCAUGGUCACCGCAGACAUGGAUAACUGUAGUGACCUGAACUCGGAGCUGCAGAGGGUGCUGACGGGGCUGGAGAGCGUGGUGUGCGGCCGGAAGAAGAGCAGCUGUAGCCUCUCUGUGGCAGACGUGGACCGGCACAUUGAGCAGCUGACCACUGCCAGCGAGCACUGUGACCUGGCCAUUAAGACGGUGGAAGAGAUCGAGGGAGCGCUGGGCAGGGAUUUCUAUCCCAGCCUGGCUGAGGAAAGGUCACGCUGGGAGAAGGAGCUGGCGGGCCUGAGGGAAGAAAACGAGAGCCUGACAGCAAUGCUGUGCAGCAAGGAAGAAGACCUCAACCGGACAAAGGCGACAAUGAACGCCAUCCGCGAGGAGAGGGACCGCCUCAGGAGACGGGUACGGGAACUGCAGACCCGCCUACAGAGUGUUCAGGCUUCUGGUCCCUCCAGCCCAGGGAGACUAACACCAGCCAACCGCCCCAUCAACCCCAGCACUGGAGAGCUCAGCACCAGCAGCAGCAGCAAUGACAUUCCCAUCGCCAAGGUGUCCAGUAGCGUAGCAGAGCACUUGGCUCACUCCUUACAAGACUGUUCUAACAUCCAGGAAAUCUUCCAGACGCUCUACUCACACGGUUCUGCGAUCUCGGAGAACAAGAUCCGCGAGUUCGAAGUGGAAACUGAAAGGCUGAACAGCCGAAUUGAACACUUAAAGUCGCAGAAUGACUUGCUAACAAUCACACUAGAAGAAUGCAAGAGCAAUGCAGAGAGAAUGAGCAUGCUUGUGGGGAAAUACGAGUCUAACGCCACAGCUCUCAGGCUUGCCUUGCAGUACAGUGAGCAGUGCAUUGAAGCCUACGAGUUACUUCUUGCCCUGGCGGAAAGCGAACAGUCUCUCAUUCUAGGCCAGUUCAGAGCUGCAGGCGUUGGGUCUGUAGGAGACCAGACGGGAGAUGAAAACAUUACCCAAAUCCUAAAGAGGGCGCACGACUGUAGGAAAACAGCAGAGAACGCCGCCAAAGCUCUCCUCAUGAAGCUGGAUGGGAGCUGUGGGGGGGCAUUUGCUGUGACAGGCUGCAGUGUUCAGCCCUGGGAAAGCCUGUCCUCGAAUAGCCACACCAGCACGACAAGCUCCACAGCAAGCAGCUGUGACACAGACUUCACAAAGGAGGAUGAGCAGCGACUGAAGGAUUACAUCCAGCAGCUGAAGAACGACCGGGCGGCCGUGAAGCUGACAAUGCUGGAGCUGGAGAGCAUCCACAUCGACCCCCUUAGCUACGACGUCAAACCGCGGGGAGACAGCCAGCGGCUCGACCUGGAGAAUGCGGUGCUCAUGCAGGAGCUCAUGGCCAUGAAGGAGGAGAUGGCGGAGCUCAAGGCCCAGCUUUACCUGCUGGAGAAGGAGAAGAAGGCCCUGGAGCUGAAGCUGAGCACGCGAGAGGCGCAGGAGCAGGCCUACCUGGUGCACAUUGAGCACCUCAAGUCAGAGGUGGAGGAGCACAAGGAGCAGCGCAUGAGGUCCCUCAGCUCCACCAGCAGCAGCGGCUGUGGGAAAGACAAGCAGGGCAAGGACGGUGGAGAUGGAGGAACACCUGCUAUAACACUUGCUGAUCUAAGGACUCUUAAUGACAGCGAUCUGGCAGCAGAGCUCACAAACGCACUCAGACGAGAGAAGAAGCUCAAGAGCAGAGCACAGGAGUUAGUAGCUGCUUUGGAAAGACUGACAAAAAGCAGCGAAGUUCGGCACCAGCAGUCUGCAGAGUUUGUCAACGACUUGAAAAGAGCCAACAGCAACCUUGUUGCAGCAUAUGAAAAAGCAAAAAAGAAGCACCAAAACAAACUGAAGAAACUCGAGUCUCAGAUGAUGGCCAUGGUAGAGAGGCAUGAGACACAAGUCAGGAUGCUGAAGCAGCGAAUCGCAUUGCUGGAGGAGGAGAAUUCCAGACCCCACACCAAUGAAACAUCUCUGUGAGAGCCUCUUGAGAGCUUCACAAGUUGUACAGAAAGAGAAAUUCAUUUUUAGAUCAUGAAAUAUGGAAAACAGAUUAAUUCCUAGCCCCUGUACAGCACAGAUGUGACACUUUGCAGUCCAAAGUGACCUUGAAUUUAUUUUUUCGGUGCUCAGACUUGCUUCUGCUCCUCAUGAGCCCCACUGAACUCGACACCAGCAUGAACCCUCAAGAUGCAGUUGAGGAAGAGGAUCCAUUGCAUCAUCUAGAAAGCAUCUGCAAGAUGACAUUCUGCAGCAAGAAAGUAAGCAGUCCUUCAGGGCACAUAUGUGAUGAACAUGAACCAAACAUUUAUCAGAAGAUGCUGCUGCAGUCCACUGUCAAUACCCUGCCCGACUGAAUGUUCAAGACACUUCUUGUGGAGAAGGUUUAGUGAUCACCAGAGUGCAUAUCCAAGAAAGUAAAAGUCCACUUCAACGUGCCCUUUGCCUGGGAACAAAAGUAUUGCCAUUUCCUGCUUUUUUAAUUCUCCUCCAAUAAAAUCACCAACAAAGACUCUCAUGGUCAACACUACCAAAAGACGUGUCAUUUAAAGAAUCAUCAAACACUCUGUGAAACAUUUUUUUCAUUUUCAACUGUCAUUGGUCUGUUAUGAGAUUGUUCUGAUUUAAAGAUUUACAAUAUUUACGGCAAUUAAAGUAAUACAUUACACAACUGUUUUGCACUUCAUCAUGCUCCCUUUUCUAGGGUUUCGUUAUAUCCUUUAGAGGAUCGUAAUAAUGCUUUUGAGAGGAUAGUGACACUUUACAUUUUUAAAUAAACAGCAACAAGUAACGACAUACAUUUGAGUCUUGAUUUUGAAAAUAAGCUCCUUGGCCGUCAUUUGAAUCUCAUUUGCACUACACUUGCGUGUAGGCUGGUGUCAUUUUUUGUAAUUAUUAUAAAUGCUGACCCUCAGCAGCAGAACAAAUAUACUUCUGCCCUCUUGCAUUAAGUGUAAAAAGUUCAAGUGUAUAUGCUAAAUACGUUUUUACUAUUUUUUUUAUUUGUUGUUUCUUUAAAGUGUCCAAAUAUACUGAGCAUAUUAGAUACACCAAGAAUUCUGCAUUCCAUUUUAACAUUUUCCAUCAAAUUUAACUACAUUUUUAUCUAGUCCCAAGAGGUUCACCUGUUACUCUUUAUUGACAAGUACAUUAAAUUAUCACUCUUGAUACACUCCAUUCUCUAUUUCUAGUUGAUGAUAUUAACCAGAUUUUAAAUAAUUGUUCUCCAAUAACAGGCUAUUCCAAAAAUUGCCAUUUACCCAUUACUCAAAAGAUUGAGCUUUUAAAAACAGAACAAAGUGAGUUAAUGCCUAAAAAACAGUAAUUGUUCCUUAUUUUCAGAAUGAUUUCAAAUAUUAGAUCCCACACAUUGGAGCAUCUAACAAUACAUUCAAAAACUAAGUUUCCCACAUGUGUGAGAUAUUUAGUGUGUUCUUGGUUUAGUUUGUUUUCUGCUUGGUGAAAGAUGAUGGAAGCCUUCCAAUUAAAACUUCUACAAAUGAAAUGUAAUGAUUUAGACGCCUUUUGCACUCAAGGUUUAAGAAACACUUUGUUUCAAAUGGUUUCUUAGACAAUUUGUUGACUAAAGGUGUUACAGAACUGUUGUGUGGUUGUUGAUCAAUUAAAAUCAUUACUAACUGUAAAAGUUCAUACUUUUGAUGGGUAAGCUUCUAGCUCCCCAGCCUGACGAUGACACCUCUGAACUUUCAGUCAUCUUUUUGUUUGCUCAUAAGAAAAUAAGGAAAAGGAGUACGCUUCCUUCCAUCUCAAACAGAAAAUUACCUGUAUAUUAUUAUAUUUUUGUGUUACAAAAAUAUUUUGGAAUUACAAAAAAACAACAACUUAGGUGUCAUAAACCAGAUUUUUCCACAUCUAAUAAAUGUAUUUUUCUGAUACUUCCAUUCUUUUCAAUUGCAAAAAAAGGAGUGAACAAUGGUGAACUAUGAUAGAGACAACAAAUGUUCAAGCACUGUGCAAUGGCUUUCUCUAUAAUUUAAAACAAUAUAUUGCAUGAUUAAGUAAAGAGUAUUUAUCAGUAAUAAAGACAGUAUCUUAAACCUCAGCUUCCAUUACCGAAGUAACAUUCUGCCUUGCAAUAAAGGGUUUGAAAAAACACUAUGUGCAUUCAACCAUUGUAUUUUCAUUUGCAGUAUAUACUGGUUGUAUUUAAACCUACAGUAUGUCUUGUAUACAUUUCCAGUGUUUAGUUUGCAAACAUUAAUAGACAUAUGCUGGAUAUUAAUGCUUUCAUAAGUCUUAAAUAUAAUCAGUUUUUUUUUCUUGGAGGUUUAACUAUUCACCUAGUUUGCACGGCUCCAGAAUUGAAUGUUUUAAUUGAAUGCAGGAUCUUUACCUAUUGGUUUGAAUUCCAUCAACAGAAAAGAAAAUUUGAAGGUAAAAUUAAAUCUCUCGUUUUAUCUGGUGAACCUUUCUCUUACCAAAAUCUCUAAAAUAUAAACAUUUUGCAGUUACUAAAGUCACCAAGCAAGGUACAGUUGUCGUAAGUGAUUGUGCAUAACCUUUUCAGAACAUCCUGCUUUGGUGGAUGUUUUUCAUUUUGUUUGUAAUAGGUUUAAAAGAAAAAUGAUACACACUAGCUUGAAUGUACUGCAGAAUGUGUGAUAGGCAAACUUUGCUAGUGUAAGGUGAUAAGUGUUUCAUGGAAAAUGUUCUAUUAAUACCAUUCCAGAGUGAACAGAAAGUUGUUUUGCUUUCAAGGGUUGUUCUGGUUCUUUUUUUAAAUGUCGUCUUCCUGUUUUACUUGUGUUUUCCUAGUUGCUGUAAAAUGGUUAAUCCACUCAUUUUAUAUAGAAUUGUAAAAAAAAAAGCUAUCUCUUCAUUUAUUUAUAAAAGAGAUGUUUAAAAUGCCUUUAUUUUACAAAAGGUCUUAUAUCCAGAAUAAAUACUUUUAUUGGGACAAAAAAAUGUUUAUGUAACUUCUUACUUGUACUUGUUACUGUCCUGGGAUUUUAUAAUACAUGCUUUGCUGGUUUUCAGUGUCUGUACUAUUUUAUUUCUUGUUACAAAUCAGAUUCCACUCAAAUAGUCGAUCUAGUGACAUUAACCUUUUCUACUUGACUAGAAAUUGUCAAGACUGAACUUGUUUGAAUGUGAGCUGUUUCAUUCAGCUCUGAUUGGAGCUCCUAAAGGGUAGGGCGUCCCUGUGCCACACCUUGCCAUAGUGGCCAACUGCGCACCUGUGAGGCUCCAGCACUAGCAGGGAGGGCUGGCUUGAGUGCUCUGUUCUGUGCUGUGGGCUUAUAUAGUAAAAUGAAGCUGAUUACCCACUAGCUGAUCAAAUUCUUAUCUGCAUUUUGAUUUGCUUACUUAUACAAUGAAACAAUGUAGGGUAAUCAUACUGAUAAUCCAAUUUUCUUUGCGAUUGCUCUUCAACAAACUCCGUACAAUAGCCCCCAGUACACAACAGAAAGAACGCAGUGGGGAAAAAGGCUCAGCAAAUUGCCCAUUAAAUUGGGAGUCAAAAUCAUACAUUACAAAUUUGACGUCAAAGCAAGUUUUGAAAAUGUUAUCAGUUGCAGGGUUUUCAGUGCAUUUGGGCAAUGACUUGCAUGAAUGUGGCAGUGUACUUAAAGCUCUAGCAUGCAUUGAGUGGAGGCUGAUCUUCGGUGAGCACAAGAAAUUGAUUAUAGUGUUGCUGUAAAGAUCUGGAGCUGAACAUUCAACAUCUUAUUUGUGAGCAGGAAAACUUAGGGAAAAAUUUCACUAGAAGCCAGUGCAGUUUACAGCGCGUGAGUUAAUCGUCAGGACACACUGAAGUCUAUUUAGUGCUGAUGUUACAAUAGUCUAUUCUUGAUAAAAUAGUCUAUGUAUUUCCAGACAGGUGGAAGAUCAUUUUGUGACGUAAUGAACAUGCACUUCCAACGAUACCAUGGAAGUAGAAAUAACACCAAGAUUUCCAACUUAAGAUUUCAGAACCAUCAAUAAUGCACCUGCUUUGUGAAGCUGAUGUUAGGAGACUAUGAGCAUAGCCUCUGCUUAAAAGCAUUCUGUUGCAUCCAUCUCUAAAUAGCACACCUGUUUUAGUGAUGUUUCUGUUUAAAUGUUUAUUUCAAGUGCCAAAAAAAAGGAAAAUUUUAGAUGUUAGUCUUACAGACAAUAGAAUGGGACAUUUUAAGCUUAAAGAAUGAUUUCUAUAUUAUAUAAGGAGACUUUAAAUUUACUGAACUGCAUUUUCUGAAACAUUAAAUUAAGUGCUUAAUGUAUUCACGCACUUAACAGGACUGAGGUAAUUAGUUUUUUUCCCCCUUAAAUUCAGAACACUUAUUAUAGAAGAGUGCACCCCUACCUACCUUAGGUAAAAAUGUUUCCUCCUCAAGAUUUCAAAAAAAAUCUGUACUGGGUGCUAUAUUUGUUUCAUCCUGUAAAUUGUGGUAAAUAUAACUAUUUUAACCUAAAGGAAUAAAAUAAAAAAUAUGUAAAGUUUGAAAUUUUCAUAAUUUUUCCAAUUGUUUCAGGCAGCAGUUCUCUAAAGUAAAUUGUUUAAACCAGCAGUAUGUAUGGGAAAAACAAAAUAUUAAACAUCUUUAAGAGGACAACAAUGCUGCAAAGAGAGUAACAAAAUGUCAGCCCAGGCAUUGGCAAGACUAGAUUUUAGCUAGCCCAAGUAAAAUUUGGCACACAAACCUCUGAGAUAAUUCUCCAGAAAAAUCUUAGGCCUGCAAAGGUACAGAACAUUAGUACAAGUCAUGAGUAAUACAAGCCAAAGGUGUGUCCAUGCUUAGUAUGGUAGCGAUUUUAAAAUCGGGGUUGUUCCCUUAAACAACUUCAUUUAAGGCUUCACCAGUAAAAAGUGCUGUACAAAUGAAAUAUCAAUGGACUUUCAAUAACACUGUCAGUCUUUGUAUUUUCCCAAGUUUUUAUUAAGGCUCAGAUCAAAGAGGUUGUCCACCACAUCACAAUGGUUACUCAAAUUCUUAAUCCACAGGACAGUAAACAUUCCAUCUAAGAAAAUACUAGCACACAGUCACGUGGUUGCCAUCUUUCUUGUUUUGACAGCGAAGAAAGGCCAAAUACUGUUAAGAACCGUGAGAUUUGAUAAAGUACUGCAACCAUUCCAGCUAACACAUCUCUUCUAGUUUACAGUCUGCACUUUCUGUUGUGCUAUAUAAGUGCACUGCUGAAUAAUACAAACCAGAGCCUACAGAAUUCAAGGCGCAGGAUCCUCUUCAGCAUCUCAAUACAAAUGAAACUAUGCCGUAAUGGAUGGUAGUGAAUUUAAACACCUCCCAUAUAAGGAUUUUUUACAUGUCAACUGUAUGAAUUCAUGACACUGUACUGUAGAAGAUAAUUGUUCAGUUUUAUGUAGGUAUCUUCUCUGAUUGUGUUCAAUUUUGGAAUGUUUCAAACUUACAUUGAGAACUUUCAAAAGUUCAUUCAAUUUCUUAUGAACACAGAUCUUAACAGUUCAGUAGAUUCAAGUUAUUUGUCAUCUAUAAAGCAGUGACAAUGAAGCAAUACAUUUCAGCAAUUGUUCCACCCUCAACCUAGUAGACACAGUCUUCAAUGUUUUAACUAUCCACAAUACAAAAGUAAGAGACAUCUGUUUCUUAAACCUGGAGCCCCCCCUGAUUGGUCAAUCAGUGCCCAAACAGGUCAACAUUGCAUAAAACACAACCACAUGUGCAAGUUUCUUUCUACCACCUAAGAUGUAUUGUUCAACAUUUAAAAGCAGGGAAAAUUAAAAAUGAAGAUGAUCACAUACUGGUUAGAUCACAAUCCUGGGCUGGUGUGGGAGGCAAGAAAGACAGGUUGAGGAAAAAGGAAAAUUAAAAGAUCUACUGCACACCUGAAAUAAACGAGCACAGGUUGUGGACAAAUAAAAUGGAAACACCUGGGAAAAUGAAGGGACACCAAGCAUAUUGAAAGCCACAGUUUAAUCACAGGUGCGACUUGUAUUUAAUUAAGGAAAUAACAACCCAGAAUCCUUAGGGUCAUGUAUGUAUGGAAAAGCCUGCGUACCUUUAAUUCUGGCUGGCACAACCCCAAGAGGAAACCUCAAGGACUUUAAAAGAGGGGUGGUUGCGGGGUGCAUUCGGCAGGAGCUUGGAUUUUAUUAAUAAAUAUUCUGGAAUAUUUUUCACCUCUUCCUGACAAGCUGAUUUAUUUUUUUGCAGCAGAAUUUCAGACACUGGUGUACUCUGUGACAUAGCACCUACAAGCUUAACUGACCACAGCUAGUAACCUAGCACCCUAUCAAGUGAUUAACUUUGUCUUGCUGUUUCCAUUUGUUUUUGUGCGCUAUCUGUACAUCACCUUAACUAGAAUUCAUUUGGUAAAAACUGCUAUUACAUGUUUGCUUGAGAUGCCAACUAAAAGGCUAGCUGACUGUCUUAAAUACUACUAAAUAUGGGUUUAAUGGAAGGAAAAAAUUGCUAAAAUAUGCAUUCUGUAAUCUAAAGAUCUAAAACAAUUUAAUCUGUAUAUAAAAUGACCAAAAAUACUAUAAAAGGAAGAAUUGUCAAUCUAAAUCCUAAAGCAUUCAAUUCUUCAACAAUUCCAAGUUUGUAGAAGAGCAACACAAGUAUUUAUUGUAACCAUGAAUACAAACCUCUAAUCCUUGUUGUUCAAAUACUGCAUUAUGAAAAGCAUUUAUAAAUUGUAAUUUUGGGAUAAAAGCACAAUAAAAGCACGGGUAACAAGAUGCAGGUAUGUUAGUUUUAGAAUACCAUCACAAAAUACAAACAGAAAAUGUAGCAGAUUCUAAACAUCCAACAUCAUUCACAUCAACAAAAAAAGGAAUGUUAAAGUCACAGGAGGUCUUUCCAUACAUUCCACUAAAGUCCAAAAAACCUGGCUGACAUUUACUGCUGUACAGUCAGAUACCAGUCAAUUUCAUUCAGGGAAAAAACAC